AUGUCGAGACUUUUACGGCAAUCGAGCCAGUUCGCACGAGUGACGAGACUGUCAUCACAGCCUGCAUUAAGGCUAUGUGCACGACCAUCAAUCAUCGCCCGAUCGAAUCCCGCAAAGACAUCCGCCGCAUUCGCCAUCCGAGCCAGGACAUAUUCCUCGCAACCCCCACCUUCCGGCCAAGACCCCCGGUCAAACCCAGACAGAGAUAACGAACAUGGCAGUAAGCCCCUAAAUCAAAAGAAGGGAGAUGAUGGAGUCGAGGGAGGCAAAUCUGAGGCACCGAAGCCGCCACCUCUGCCGGAGGGUUGGAUUCACUUAAGCAAAGAGGAAAUCGCCCAUCUCGAAGAAUUCACAUCUAGGCUUCCAGAGGCUCAAAAGCCAGUGGCGAAAGAUAUCCUUGAGAAGCUCCAGAUUGUUGGCGCACCAUCCGAGACCCGCGAUCUCCUCCAAAAGUUACGACAGAACGGCAACCUCUCAAUUCUAGACAAAGGACGAUUGAUGCGCUGCGUGUACCAGGUCACUGAACGAAUCAUCGAUCUAGAGGAGAACCAGGGCCAGAAUGGUCAAUUCUCAUCUUUCCGCAUGGACCAGGAAGCCACGUCACAGGAUGGCAAGGAUGGGGCCAACAAGUCGAAGCAACAACAGCAGAAGGGUGGUAAGCAGCCCAAGAACGAGCGCAGCGGCUGGCUCGAGGCUGUCCAAACUGGUAUCGCUAUCGGUGUCACUGUCUGGAUUGCGGAACUUUUCGCCAACCCAUUCUCUGAGAAGGAGAUUACUUGGCAAGAGUUUCGAAAGGCUUUCCUAGACAAGGGCCUGGUCCAGAAGCUGGUGGUCGUUAAUGGCUCCCAAGUCCGUGUUGAGCUUCACCCAUCUGCGACUGGACCUACUGGUGAGAACGGACAACCCGGGAAGAAGAGCUACGUGUUCACCAUCGGAUCCGUCGAGUCGUUCGAGCGAAAGUUGGAGAAUGCUCAAGACGAGCUAGGCAUCCCAUCAGCUGAGAGAAUACCUGUCAGCUACGAGGCCGGUGGUGGUACCGUCGGUAACCUCCUUCUCGCAUUUGGCCCUACCCUUCUCUUCAUUGGUUUGAUCCUAUGGACUCAACGGUCAAUGGGAGGACGAGGUGGUGCUGGCGGAGGCAUGUUUAACUUCGGCAAGAGUAAGGCAAAGAAGUUUAACGCCGAGAGUGCCGUCAAGGUCAAGUUUGCAGAUGUCGCUGGUCUCGAGGAGGCAAAGACUGAGAUUAUGGAGUUUGUGAGCUUCUUGAAGCAGCCUGAGAAGUUUGAAAAGCUAGGCGCCAAGAUCCCACGAGGUGCCAUCUUGGCUGGACCCCCCGGUACUGGUAAGACGUUGCUUGCCAAGGCCACGGCUGGUGAGUCUGGAGUGCCCUUCUUCAGUGUGAGCGGCUCCGAAUUCGUUGAGAUGUUUGUUGGUGUUGGACCUUCGCGUGUACGAGAUCUGUUCGCCGAGGGUCGCAAGAACGCUCCUUGUAUCAUCUUCAUCGACGAGAUUGACGCUAUCGGUCGCGCGCGACAAGAGAGUGGCAAGGGUUUUGGCGGUAACGACGAGCGUGAAGCGACCCUGAACCAGAUUCUUACCGAAAUGGACGGCUUCAACACCCGUGAGCAGGUGGUUGUCCUCGCCGGUACUAACCGAGCAGAUAUGCUGGACAAGGCCUUGAUGCGACCUGGACGAUUCGAUCGACACAUCUUCAUCGACCGACCUACAAUGAAGGGUCGUCAGGAGAUCUUCAAGGUUUACUUGAACAAGAUUGUGACGAACGAAGACCAAGAAUACCUUGUCGGUCGUCUGGCAACUCUCACUCCUGGCUUCUCUGGCGCUGAUAUUGCCAACGUUGUUAACGAGGCUGCUCUGAUUGCUGCUCGUGGCAAUGCCGACGAUGUCAAGAUGGACCACUUCGAGCGGGCCAUCGAGCGAGUGAUUGGAGGUCUGGAGCGCAAGUCUCUUGUUCUCAAGCCUGAGGAAAAGAAGACAGUCGCCUACCAUGAAGCCGGACACGCUAUUUGCGGGUGGUUCUUGGAGCAUGCUGACCCGCUGCUCAAGGUCUCUAUUAUCCCCCGUGGUCAGGGUGCUUUGGGUUAUGCUCAAUACCUACCCCAAGACGCCUACCUGAUGAACACCAACCAACUCAUGGACCGAAUGGCCAUGACCAUGGGUGGUCGUGUGUCUGAGGAGCUUCACUUCCCCACUGUGACAACAGGUGCUAGCGAUGACUUCAAGAAGGUUUCCCAGAUGGCAAGAAACAUGGUGACUCAAUGGGGUAUGUCUGAGAAGGUGGGCCCUGUGCACUUUGAGAACGACCCCAACCGCAUGCAGAAGCCCUUUGCCGAGUCCACAGCCCAGCAGAUCGACCUGGAGGUUUCUCGAAUUGUGGAGGAGGCCUACAAGCGCUGCAAGGAUCUCCUGACAGAGAAGAAGAACGAGGUUGGCCUCAUUGCGCAGGAGCUACUCAAGAAAGAGGUCCUCGUCCGAGACGACAUGGUUCGCAUCUUGGGCAAGCGACCUUUCGGCGACAACGAGGAUUUCGAGAAGUACUUUGGUGGUUCCAAGCCAGAAAGCACCCCUCCCCCGUUCCCUGAGGAGACCGACUCGCCUAAUGAGCCCCCUACCCCAUCCCCAGCUUUCAAGAAAGUUGAAUAA